UCGUUCGAUAAAACACAUUUAAUUCACUAUAAUUUUAAUUUCUUUUUCAGCAACUUUCAAAGUCUGAUGAAUUUAAUGAAAGGAAACAUUGGCACUGGCAUACUGGCUCUACCAGCCGCUUUCAAGUUUGGGGGAUUGUGGGUAAGUUUGGCAUGCCUUUUCUUAAUUGGAGUAAUGGCUAUUCACUGCAUGCAUCUACUCGUCAAGGCUUCGAGAUUGGUAUAUGAGAAAGCUGGCCAAUCUGGAAUGGAUUAUGGCCAAGUAGUUGCAGAGGUGUUCCUGCUGGGUCCCCAUCCAAUACGAAAACUCUCUAGACACAUGAAGAUAGUUACGUACGUCUUUUUGUCCCUGACACAGUUCGGUUUCUGCACGGCUUACAUAGUUUUCAUAUCUUACAACAUUCAAUUAGUGGUCGAAGAAUACUCACCAUCGACUCGCUGGUCACCUCAAGUUUACCAGUCUAUCGUCUUCCUUGUCCUGCUACCUUAUUUGUGCAUCACACACCUGAAGAUACUUUCAUUUUUCUCCACGAUAGCAAAUAUUCUGAUGAUUUUUGGUCUUGCAGUCGUGUUGUAUAGUUGUUUCGUUGACAUUCCUUCAACAAAUCUGAGACCCGCUCAUGGUUCCUGGAACGAUUUCCCUCUGUUUUUCAGUAUCGCAAUUUUCACUUUUGAAGGAAUCGGAUUGAUCUUGCCGAUUGAAAGUCAGAUACAAAAUCCAAGAGACUUUAAUGGUACGUUUGGGAUCAUCAACCUAGGCAUGAUCAUUGUAACGUGUUUGUAUGCUGCUGUUGGUUUCUACGGUUAUCUGAAAUACGGUGAUGAUGUUAAAGGUAGCAUAACAUUGAAUCUGCCCGGCACAAUAUUUUACAACAUUGUACGUCUCUCCUUCGCACUUUCAAUAUUUCUGACCUAUGCUGUCCAGUUCUACGUUCCUAUUGAAUUCAUAUGGUCCACUCUUCAAGAGAAACUCGUCAAUCGUGCUUUCUGUCACAGAUUUGGAGAAUAUUUCUUAAGAGUAUUCUUCCUCAUAAUCACUUAUGUUCUUGCCGCGAUAGUCCCAUAUUUGGAGUUGGUGAUCUCGCUGGUGGGAGCCCUUGUAAGUACGUCUGUCGCUCUCACGAUUCCCGCUCUUCUCGACAUCAUCUUGUGCUCUUCCAUCUACAAUUACGACAAUCUCCAGGCAAGCAAUGUCCAGCCUCAAUGGUUUAAAUUGAAAAUAUUAAAAAAUGUUCUGAUCGUUUUUGUCGGAGUUUUAGGGACUGUUGUUGGUAGUGUAGUGACUAUUAGUGCAAUUGUCAGAGCUUCUGAACAUUCCUAAAAAUUUAAUACGUAAACAGAAAAAUUAAUGAACAAGUUUAUUCAUUAAUUUAUUUGAUAUAUUUUAAUAGAUUCAUAACAAUUAUGAAAUUGUGGUAGAAAUAUUAUUGUUUGUUUGCGUCUAACAUCUUAAUGAAAGUGUGUCUGUCAUAUUUAAAAGCUUCAAAAUUUUGCUUUAAAGCAUUUUUUGUUGAUGAUAUUUAAUAACAUUAAAUUGAAAUUUAUUUUAAAAUCAAGUUAUUUUGUACCUUAUAAAGAAUUUUAUACUGUUGAAUAAUGUUUUCACAAUUUUACUUGACCUCCAAAAAAAUUAAAGAUUCUUGAUUAAGGUAAAGUCAAUAAAAAAUAGCCGAAGUAUCAUUAUUAUUUAUAUUAUAAGACUAUCAGUGAAUCGCUUUCUAUUAGUCUCAAACAACGUUGGGCAAUAUUUUAAUAAAGCAAAGACAAAAAUCAUAAAUUCAUAACAAUUAAUAACAUAGGUACUUAUAACAUAAAAAAUAACUAACAACAUAUAAUUUAUAUAACAAAGUUUUUCUUUUCUUCAAAUAAAUGCUUCUACAAU